AUGCCGGAUCCAGACUUUGAUGGCUUGCCCAGAGAUCUUGACAUAGAGCCUAUUGAAGGUUGCGAUAAUGACGAGCUGCAUAGAGGGCCUGAUGUACCACCUGACAAUCUUGACAAUAAUGAAAUGUGUGCACCCCAUCAAAAUGAGCACAAUGAGAUACCACCUGCAGCACAUUGGCAUAAUCCACUGAAAGAUCUUGACCUAGAUCAGUUGUCUCGUGAUGCGAAAUGUUUUGAACUUCAACGAGAUAUGCAAUUUAUUCUCGCGCUGCAUAAUGCUACUCUCAACGACGGUGUGGAACUUAUCGGAGAUGCAUUGGAGCGUUUGUGA